UUUUUCUUCACAAGCUCACAUUAUCGCAGACGCGCCGUCUCGGUAUCAGGCACUCAGUGACCUUUUUAGCUGUAGUAACAACUGCAACCCUCAACUUAACACACAGGAGCUUCUGCGACCACGUUAUAACAACCACAUUUGUUAAGUAUUGUUGUCUUUUGCUUCCACGUGAAGACAAUUCGAAAAAAAAUCGCUGUUAGCUUAUUGGCUAGCUGUUAGCACAGUGUUAGCUUGUGACGUCGCUAGCUAAAGCAAUCUAGCUGCUGAGGAAUUUUACAGAUUGUUUAUGUUUUCGCUACUGCAACGACAUGUUGGACGGAUCUCCUGCACAAGGCGAUGAAGCCAAUAUCGGCAACGUCGAAAACAAUAACCCAUUAUCGUUGAUUGUCAGCAACGAAAUGGUCAACAUAUCCAACAAAACGAAACAAGCGCUACUGAAGAAAGGGGGGAGGAAACUGCGGACGACGGCGCCGCUGCAUCACCAGAAACCUCCGAGACACUGUUCAAAUCUACGUCUCUCUGACCACAACAACAAUAUCACCAUCUUGACGACUUCGUCUAUCCACAAACCUCCAACUCACUCCAGUGCCCCGCACCCUGCCUCUACGCAAACUGCGUUGACCCUCCAUCAUGUCAAACAGGGGAAUAAGAGAGAGCUUCUGAAAUCCAAAGGAGGCAGAUUGGAGCGAGGGACUGUCCAACCAGGAAGCCAGCCAGCCCGCAACCAGUCUCGACAUGAUCAGAUCACUCAAAAUGUCAAUUCCCGGAGUCACAAACCCAAGCAGAGCCAAACACCCACUGCUUCUCCCUCUGCAAAGAAGAAUGACAACCGCACCCCAAAGAAGCCCUCGUCUUCCCACCAGCCUCAACCUCUCGAGGAGAAGAAACCCCUCCUUGCCUCAAACAACGUGAAGAUCCUGAACACUCCACCUGUUCAAACUGCCUCUGAAUACCUCAAAGAGAGCGAGAAGGUCUAUGCUGGGGCCAAGUUCAGUGAGCCACCCUCACCCAGUGUCUUACCUAAACCACCCAGUCACUGGGUUGGAGAAAAUGAGCCUCGACAGAGCAACCAAAGCCGUGAGCAAAUGACUGUUCAUCUAAAGUCGUUGCUCAAGGUUCAAGAAUAAUCACAAGCCACAAUCUGAAGUGUCAAAUUGGAACUGAUCAGGUUUACAAAUAAUACAAUUGGAAAAAUGUAUGAGAUAAUUGGAGAUUGGCCUUUAACACUGCAAUAUAAUGUAUUGAGUUUUUAUUCAUUGUAGUACAAUUUCCCGUUAGCUAACAUGCUGCUUGUAUUUGUGAACAACUUGGACACUUUUGUUUUGCUGCUUAAAAAACGACGGACGUGCUGUUUGUGUCAGAAUUUUUUUGUUUGUGUUACUGAAUCUGUGAGCUAAGAAAAGGGUUUUGAAAGAGACGGACGUCAUUUCCAGCAGCAACACAGUCGGUGUCUCAUGUUUACAUUUCACAAAGUGAUGACGGCACUUUAACGCUUUUGAACCGGCAGCCAUGUGUUUUGACUUUUUUAAGAUCUUGUGUAAAUGUACAUAAUAUAUUGUGAACAUAUAUUUGUGUAUAUUUUCUUCUUGUUUUAACUGAGAUUCUAGUUUUGUUACUGAGGAUUUUCCAAAAAAAAAAAAAAAAAAAAAAUUAAGGAAAAAUAGGUCCCCUGUAAACUGAGGCACUUUGUAGCAGCUCAUUCAGUCUGAGGCACGAUGGAUAAAAGAGACUUUUCUGACGGAUUUGCACUGAAAACUAAAAUGGGGAAGGGCAGGACGCCCAAGCUUCAUGUUCCAAAGUCCGACCAGCCACUUUGAUGAAUUCACCAGCCGAGUUUCAGGUCCUGACUCAUCACCUUUGAAAAUGGCUAAAGAAAAGUGGACGUUUAAAAAAAGUCCCGACCUAAAGCUGCCAUGUGCUGGCUGAAGUUUCUUCCCUUCCCUUUAACACGGGUCCAGUUGCUGGAAAGUCAGAUCAGGGACUGAGAAGCUGAUGAAGAUGGUGAAGCCUCCGUCUGAGGACAAAAAGGCAUUGUGAAAAAUCUCAGACAGCUGCUGUGAAAAACCACUGUCCAACAUCCACACCAGUGCUCUUUUUUGUGUUUUUUAAAACUUGUUUUGCACUGAUUUAGGGUACGACCACAUGAAGCUGGAUAAUUUUAGAUUCUUUUCUUUUUUCAUCCCUCCACCACCUUUCUUCUUCAACUGUGUCAUGACUUAAUGCGCAGGCAGUUCUGGGGACCAGCUGUAUUUGCAUUGCACCCCGUUUUAUUGGCCAUCAGUCAUUACCAAUACCAAACUCUGCUGUUGUCAUUGCCUUUCGUUUCCAGUUGUAUCCAUCAGAGCGAGCUGAUGAAUGAGACGAUUGACAGAAAAGUGAUCUGUUGUUUUUUGAUGUUAGAAAACGUUAGAAGCAGCUUUUUCAGAUACGUCUUUGUCAAACAAAAGGACACUUCAGUGUGUUCUUGUAAAUUUCUAAAUCUGUUUUAAGUGUUUUAACAGAUGCGAUGCUUUCUAAACACACACAUCAAUUUUUCAUCAAAGUCAAAUAUUUGUUUCUGCGUAUAAAAAAAUGUACCUCUGCAGCUCAGUAUUGGGUAAACAAAGACUAUAAACUUGUUUCUGUAUCAGAGACAAGAACAUGCAGGUUUGGUUUUGGUACUUUUCUCAGCAUCAGUGGAGUUUUAGCAUAACUGCACUUGUAUAAUUUUUUUCUACAAUCUAAAGCAGCUUCAUGUGGACUCCCUCUUUCUGGUGUCAGGUUUUGAUAGCAGACAUGUACUCAUACCUAUGCUGUACCUUAUUUCUCUGCUAACACACAUCAUUGUUUACUGAGUACAGUUUGUGUUUAGCACAGAUCAUAUUAUGUACCGCUUUUCUUUUUUGUUUUACUUUGCUGGUUUUGAUGGUGGAAGCGGGCAGCUGCAGGAUCUUGUUUUUGACCUCUGACAUCAUUCGAAUGGAAAAUUGUAUUAAUGUAGCAGACUUCACAUUUUAUUGCAGUGUUUCACAAUCAUUCAACUUAUGAAAAUAAGUAAUAAACAACAUAGCUUCAUGUCACAAUUUGGAAAAGGUAGUUUUACAAUUUUUUUUAAUACUCAAAUUAAAAAUUGCAUUAAAACAUUGGUUACCCCGA